AUGGAUCAAAUUCGGAAGGACUGGAGACCAUAUCAGUACUGUCAUCACCUGGACUACCACUCAACAACGCUGGACCAGCGAACACUUCGGAAUGUGGCGAGCGCACCGUACUCACCGAGCGAUUGGUCGCCGCAUCGAUCGCUGGCCUCGGCGGCGCCUGAUUCAGGACGGGCGCGAGAUUCGAAGGCGCAUUACGCGGCACCGCCCACCGACGCGCCGGCAGCCGGAGCCGGAUGCGCCUCGGGGAUGGACGGCGUCGUCCGCGUGUUCACCGUCGGCGGCGGCUGCAAGGCGGUCCGCUACGACGACGGCACGACUGUCGAGGUACGUACUCCGUUCCUUUUCGUCCUCCUUCGUCUGUUAUCGCUUCCUUGA